AUGCACGACGACGAGACGACGACAAAGGCGAACAUACCGUACCUGCCGGACGAGCUAGUGUCGGAGAUCCUGCCCCGGCUCCCCGUGGAGUCGCUGCUGCGAUUCAGGUCCGUCUGCAAGACCUGGCGCGACAUCAUCGACGACGACUCUUUCCUCCGCGAUCACCUCCGCCUCCAGACCUCGUCUCUUCUCGUCGCGCCGUGGCUCGGGGAGAACGACAACGAUCGCCCUCUUGCUUCUUCAACCGGAGAGAUGACCGUCGCCGGUUUGUAUCAGUGGGAUGGGAAGCAGCAGGGCGUCGGCACGCUCCUACACGCCAUGUCCGACUACCACUCCAAGAAGGCGGCGUUGCACAGGAUGGCACAUUGCGAUGGACUGGUGCUGUUGCCUACUGACAAUACGGCGCACGUAGUUAACCCGGCCACUCGGCGCACCAUCACGCUUCCCCCGACCCUCAACCGCUUCCAAGGCCCUCAGGCAUUCGGUCUUGGCCACGACCCUCGCUCCAAUGCUUACAAAGUUGCUCGCUUCUAUGUUUCUCUGGACAUGCGCACCCAGACAGCUACGGCUAUACUGCUAAGAUGGGGGUGUUCACCAUAG